CCAGCAGAGCUUCUUUCUUCUUCUCUCUCUUUAUAUGCAAAAAAUCUAAAAAAAAAAAAAACGUCUUUGGGAAGAGAGAAAACGGAACCCUACAAUACUUACAAAAACUAAACGCACUUCACCAUUGCCACAUGGCCUCGAUCUUGUCAUCUUUCUUCUCCUUCUCAGUCUGCAAUACGCUCCCAUAGCCUUCACCCCCGCUCUCAUGUCAACGGCUACUUUUUCCUUCUUCGCCGCCGCCGCGACAGCGGUGGCGCUAUUUCUGCAUAUGUUGUUAAUUUCCUCUGCUUUUGCGACUGCGGCGUCGCCGACGCCGGAGGAGAUGGAGGUUGAGGCGUUGCUGUCGUUCAAGGGGAACUUGGAAGAUCCGCUUGGCGCAUUGGACGGCUGGGAUGCUUCCACGCCGUCGGCUCCGUGUGACUGGGUUGGGAUUCGGUGUGACGGCGGCCGCGUUGUUGAGCUCCGCCUGCCGCGCCUUCAGCUUCGGGGACGGAUAACUGAACGGAUUGCUAACCUGCGCCAGCUGCGCAGGUUAAGCCUGCAUUCCAACAACCUCAACGGCUCCGUGCCGCGGGGGCUGUCGCGGUGCUCUCUGUUGCGUGCGGUUUACCUGCAUAACAACUCGCUCUCCGGCGACCUCCCGCCGGGGAUUUCGAACCUGACGAAUCUGCAAGUUCUCAACGUCGCUCGGAACUUUAUGUCCGGUGGAAUCCCCGGCGGUGUUCCUCGCAGCCUCCGGUUCCUGGAUCUCUCCUCCAACUCGUUCUCCGGCGACGUGCCGGCCAACCUCUCCGCCGCCGCCGAGCUCGAGCUGCUAAACCUGUCGUUCAACCGCUUCAGCGGAGAAAUUCCGGCCGGCAUUGGAGCGCUCCAGAACCUACAGUACCUCUGGCUCGAUUCCAACCAGCUCUACGGAACUAUACCGUCGGCGAUCUCCAACUGUUCCUCCCUGAUACACUUCAGCGCCGGCGACAACAAUCUCCGAGGGCUCUUGCCGUCGACGAUCGGCUCUCUUCAGAACCUGCAAGUCAUCUCACUAUCGCAUAACCAACUCACAGGCGUGGUCCCUGCAUCGCUCUUAUGUAAAGUCUCAGUCAAUGCUCAUACUAUAAGGAUUAUUGAGCUAGGGUUUAAUGCAUUCACGGGCUUAGUCAACCCGGAAAAUGCAGUAUGCUCAAGUGUUUUGGAGGUUCUCGGCCUUCACGGGAAUCACAUAAAUGGCGUUUUCCCCAAUUGGCUGUUGGGCAUUUCUACGCUAAAGGUUCUUGAUAUAUCUGGAAAUUCGAUUUCCGGAGCUUUACCUAGCAAUCUGGGAAAUCUAGUAAUGCUGGAGGAGCUAAACGUGGCUAACAACUCACUCGCCGGAAAAAUUCCAGAUAGUAUUAAGAAAUGUCGGAAGCUGCAGCGACUUGAUGUUAGUGGGAAUCGGUUUCCCGGUUUGAUUCCGGAGUUCUUAGGAGGAAUGAAGAGCUUGACAUUGUUGUCGCUUGGUAACAAUCUUUUCAAUGGUUCGAUUCCUGCAAGUUUUGGUGGUCUUAAUCAGCUUGUAUAUUUGGAUGUAAGCAGCAACAAUUUGAGUGGGAAUUUGCCCCAAGACCUGAUGCUGCUUAGAAAUUUGAGCACCUUGAAUUUGAGUGGCAACAAGUUUUCCGGCGAAAUUCCGGUGGACAUUCAGAACCUGAAUGGUUUAGAGGCUCUAAAUUUGAGCAAAUGUGGGUUCUCCGGGAGGGUUCCGGCGACCAUCGGAAGCUUAUUGUGGCUCAAGACUCUUGAUUUGAGUAAACAAAACCUGUCUGGAGCAUUGCCCAUUGAGCUUUUUGGGCUGCCCAGUUUGCAAGCUGUUGCUUUACAAGAAAAUGAGUUCACCGGAGAUGUUCCUGAAGGUUUUAGCAGUUUGUCCAGUCUGGAGUACUUGAAUCUGUCAUCUAAUGGCUUUUCUGGACAGAUUUCAUCCACAUUUGGGUUCCUGAGAUCCUUGAAAGUUCUCUCUCUUUCCAAGAACAGAAUCAAUGGCUCUAUCCCACUUGAAUUGGGCAAUUGUUCUGCUCUUGAAGUGGUGGAGCUUCAACACAAUCAUCUAAGAGGGAAAAUCCCCAAUGAGUUCUCCCAUUUAUCUCAUCUCAGGGAGCUUCAUUUGAGCCACAAUGGUUUAACAGGCGAAAUCCCAGAAGAGAUCUCCAAUUGCUCCUUAUUGGCAACCCUUUUGUUAGAUUCAAACAACAUAUCAGGUGGCAUUCCAGACUCCUUAUCAAGGCUGUCAAACCUGGCAAUCUUAAAUCUCUCAUCCAAUAAUUUGAGCAGCACAAUCCCCUCAAAUCUGCCUCUGAUUUCUCUGAAAGACUUCAAUGUUUCCCAUAACCAUCUCGAGGGCGAGAUUCCGGUGCCAUUGGGCUCUCUCUUCAACAACCCAUCUCUGUUUGCUAGCAAUGAUGGGUUGUGUGGGAAGCCAUUGAAGGAGUGCAAGAAUGACAAGGGGAAACAAAGGAAGAAGCUGAUUUUGCUCAUUGUGUUGUCUGCAAUAGGAAUGAUUGUCCUCACAUUCUGCUGCUGUGGCUAUAUCUACAGCCUGAUUCAAUGGAACAGGAAGCUGAGAGGCCGGGGCGGGGAGAAGAAGCGCAGCAGCCCCGGGCGGGCUAGCUCCGGGGGAGAAACCGGGAGAGGAAGCGGCGAAAAUGGAGGGCCUAAGCUUAUAAUGUUCAACAACAAGAUCACUUAUGCAGAAACUGUGGAAGCCACCAGGCAAUUUGAUGAGGAGAAUGUGUUGAGCAGAGGGAAAUAUGGAGUUGAAUUCAAAGCUAAUUAUGGAGAUGGAAUGGUUCUCUCCAUUCGCCGCCUCCCGGAUACCUCCAUUGAAGAAAACACUUUCCGGAAAGAAGCCGAGUCUCUGGGCAAAGUGAGACACCGGAAUCUGACUGUUCUCCGGGGAUAUUACCCCGGACCGCCGCCGGACGUCCGGCUACUUGUCUAUGACUACAUGCCUAACGGCAAUUUAGCCACCCUUUUACAAGAAGCUUCGCACCAGGACGGCCAUGUCCUCAACUGGCCAAUGCGCCACCUCAUCGCCCUCGGCAUUGCCCGCGGAUUAGCGUUCUUGCACUCCGUUUCAAUGGUCCACGGCGAUAUAAAGCCACAGAAUGUGCUAUUCGACGCCGACUUCGAAGCUCACUUAACAGAUUUCGGGUUAGAAAAGCUAAGCAAAGCGGCGGCGGGGGCGGCCGCCGCCGCCGCCUCCACAUCCGCCACCCCGGUGGGGACUCUAGGCUAUGUAGCCCCGGAAGUUACCUUAACCGGACUACCCACGAAAGAAGCCGACGUGUACAGCUUCGGGAUCGUGUUACUGGAGAUUCUAACGGGGAGAAAACCGGUGAUGUUCAACGGCGACGAAGACAUCGUGAAGUGGGUGAAGAGACAGUUGCAGAGAGGGCAAAUCUCGGAGCUUCUUGAACCGGGUUUGCUGGAGCUUGACCCGGAGUCAUCGGAAUGGGAAGAGUUCUUGCUGGGAGUUAAAGUGGGUCUCCUUUGCACCAUGCCUGAUCCUCUGGAGAGACCUUCCAUGACUGACGUCGUGUUCAUGCUCGAAGGCUGCCGUGUCGGCCCCGAUAUCCCUUCCUCCGCCGAUCCCACCACCCUUCCUUCUCCCAUUUGAUUAUUAUCUCUUAAUUACCUGUAAUUUCUUCGUUUUUUUUUUUCUUCAUUCUUCCUUGUUCAUGUAUUCUUUGAACGCAUAAUUAAAGUUUUUGAUCAUUCA